AUGGAUCGAGAGAAUCGUGAUGGAGAACUUUUACCGCCACGAAGAAUUAGACCGAUCGAAAAACGUAGCUUUCGUAUCUUUUGUAUAUCAUGCCCUCCAUGUGUUUGGAUAUCAUGUUGUGCAAUUUGGACUGUAAUCUUGAUUCUGGCAAUUAUACUAGGGAGCAUAGCAUACGCGAACAUAAAUCAAUGUAGAAAAUUAAACGUCGACAAUAUUUCUCCGUCCGUAAUGACAUACGAUCCAAAUAUUUUUAGUGAAGUGAAAAUUGAAUCGUUCGGGAACUAUCUGAAAGGACAAGUAUUCGUAUCUCAAAGUAAUUCAACAAACUCAAAAAAUGCAACAGUUCGAAUUCAAGUGGCCGGUAUUGGGAAACAAGGCGCAACUGUACAAACACUUUCUUCUAAUUCACAAUAUUCCAUCACUUUGACACAAUCUGGAUUUGGCUCACCGUUCGAAUUUCUCGCAUAUUUGACACUCCCUCCAAAAUGUUCAGAUGCCAGAGUACACAUUAUUUUUCCACAAACUUCACAAUCGUCCAAUAGCAACGGCAAUAAGGAUCAAACAGUAACGGUAGCAACUCUCAGAUCAAUAACGUCAAAUAAUAUGGAUGUAACGUUACAGCAGAAUGAAGUCCCAUUUUAUGAUCAGAUUUUUAACGUCACUACGAUUAAAUCUAAUAUAAUAGUAGAGAAUUUCACAGCCAAUUCAAUAAUGUUAUCAUCUAAUAUCGGUGAAAUUUCCGGUACUAUCGGUGGAAUAUACUCGCAAUUAAAAGCAGCCUCAUUUAAAGGUGUUAUACAAUUAUCCGUUGACUUGACAUCACGUUUGAACUCUUUUGCACAGUACGUGAAAACCCAACAACAACCGAAAAUUGAAGUGGAGACGGAAAGCGGAAAUGAUUCCACUUUUUCCGGAAAUUUUUCUGCAACAACGGACAAAGGUCACAUUCAGCCACUAAACACUCAAAAUAUCAAUACACAGACUGACACACAAGUGUCUGGAACCGUUCCCGGCAAUUUGAAUGCAAAUCUAACUGUCGUCACAUAUAAAGGGGAUAUUAAUCUCGAGUUUUAG